AUGAAGGGUGGUCGCGGAGACGCGCGUCGGGGACUGCAUACGUCGGAUGGUGAGAAGGUGCCCGUCUAUUCUAGAGUUGAUACGGAUCCCGGUCCGCUCUUCACGCAAGGCAUCUAUCAGCAUGGCAGAGGACAUGAGACUGAAGAAAUCACUGCGAAGGCUUUGGAGACCGUCACGUUGUCCGUACGCCAUCAUCCCGUCGUGGAGCUAUCGUACCAUGUGUGUGAAGUGCUCAGGACAGCCGAAGUUCUAUAUGAGUUUCCAUAG